GGACUCGACUAAAGAGCCUGCUUGUGUGGCAUGGCUGCUGUUCGUAUUCGACUGUCCCUGAGGGGAUGCACAAACAGACCAUUCUACCACCUUGUAGUGGCCAACAGUAAAUGGAAGAGAGACGGAAAACACUUGGAACAGGUUGGCUGCUAUGACCCCAUGCCUAAUGCAAACAAAGAGCUGGUAGUGGGACUCAACCUCGAGAGAAUCAAGUACUGGUUGUCUGUUGGAGCCACGCCUACUGUCUCGGUGUACAAGCUGCUUGGACUGGCUGGAGUCCUACCAGCACACCCAAGGUUAGUACUAGAAGCAUCCAGAAAGAGAGAAGCUGCCCAACACAUUAAGGACAAACCAUUAGAGCUAGACCCUCCUUCAGAAAAUAACUCACCAAUAGAGUCAGUAGAUGCUCAUGAUACCACUUAGCGUUAUAUACAUAACUGUAUGUUUAUCAUCAAUGAUGUCAUUUUGCCCA